AUGCUACUACCACCGCCAGCCCUCCUAUUCUCUUACCAACCAAAGGAUCAUCGUAGCCCUAAACGGCUCUCGGACUCCGGCAAAUCCACCAUCGCUGUUGCCGUCACGCACCGCGUAAACGCCCUCUCCCCGACCCCGUUCGCCAUCACCCUUACCAUGGAUGGCUUUUACUACCCUAAGCACCAUCUAGACACCCUUCCAAAUGCGGCCGAGGCGUACGCCCGCCGCGGCGCGCAGUACAGCCUGCGCCAGACGAUCCGGGCGCUGCACUUCGACCACGCGCUCGGUGACCCUACCGCCGGCGCUAUCGCCGUCUCGCCGGACGUCUCUUUCAACCUCGUCGAGAGAUAUGACUUGGCUGUACGGUACAAUGUGCCGGCAUGGGCGGCCAUCUACGGAUACGUCGGUGAGACGUGA